AUGCCUGCUGAACGUUCCUUCGACUUGUACACCAAGUCUGCGAACAAGAAGAAAUCCCAUAGGCGCCAGUCUGGGGAGGCCUACAGCAACCAGCCUACGAAAAAGUCUCGAACAGACGACCCUCCUGCGUCUACUCCAAUGAGGGAGACAACUCCUCCACCAUCUCCUACCAGGGAAGCGACUCCUCCAACUCCAAAAAACCCAGAUCUUCCAUCUUCGAUCGGACAGACUCCUCCUCCGGCUCCAAUCGACCCUACGCCUCCAACAUCCACCGUCCAGCAAUCAGCUGGUCGUCGGGAAGAAGCUUCAGGAGACAUCCUUAUGUGUGUGAAUGCUCAGUUUGAGAAGAAACUCAGUGAUCAGCUCAGUGCUGCUGAGGCUCAAUACACUGAGAAACUCAAGGCGUCUGAGGCUACUUAUGCCGAGCAGCUGAAGGCAGUCGAGGCAAAACAUUCUGAUGCCCUCAAAGAGGUCGAGGCAAAGCAUACUGAGGCCCUUAAAAAAUUCAAGGCGAAGCACGUCGAAGCAUUGCAAGUGAUCGAGGCCACAAUUGCUUCUCUCAAAAAGGAUCUGAAGAGGAAGGAUGCAAGUAUCGAUAAGAUCACUGCUUCCAAGGAGCAGUGCAAGGAGGUCUCGCUCAGGAAUUAUUGGGAAGCCCACAAGCUUUAG